UCUCACAGUCAGGCCUGUGAGUCUGCGGCUGUAUGCAUUACCUCCAUUUCAGAAAAAGUCCAUAUAGGUUUAACAAGGACAAAAAAUGUCUCAGGCCGACAAAAUGAAGCAGGGCCAGUUCAGCAACCCUGAGACCCCAGGGUACGUUGGAUUUGCCAACCUACCUAAUCAGGUUCAUCGCAAGUCUGUAAAAAAAGGCUUUGAGUUUACAUUGAUGGUGGUAGGCGAAUCUGGACUUGGAAAAUCCACCCUGAUCAACAGCCUGUUCCUCACCGACCUUUACCCUGAGAGAGUCAUCCCCGGAGCAGCUGAAAAGAUAGAAAGGACGGUUCAGAUCGAGGCGUCGACGGUAGAAAUUGAGGAGCGAGGAGUGAAGCUCCGCCUCACUGUGGUAGACACACCAGGAUACGGAGAUGCCAUCAACAGCCAAGACUGUUUCAGCACCAUUAUCAGCUACAUCGAUGACCAGUUUGAGCGCUACCUCCAUGACGAGAGCGGUCUAAAUCGUAGACACAUUGUUGACAAUAGAGUUCACUGCUGCUUCUAUUUUAUUUCCCCCCUUGGCCAUGGCCUAAAACCCCUGGAUGUUCAGUUUAUGAAGGCCAUUCACAAUAAGGUCAACGUGGUUCCUGUCAUCGCCAAGGCAGACACGCUCACCCUCCGAGAGAGGGAGAGGCUCAAGCGCCGGGUUCUGGAUGAGAUCGAUGAACAUGGCAUCAAAAUUUACCACCUUCCUGACGCCGAGUCGGAUGAGGAUGAGGACUUCAAAGAGCAGACCAAGAUCCUCAAGGCUAGCAUCCCAUUCGCAGUGGUGGGAUCCAACCAGCAGAUUGAGGCAAAGGGCAAGAAGGUGAGGGGCCGCUUGUACCCCUGGGGAGUGGUAGAAGUGGAGAAUCCAGAACACAACGACUUCCUCAAGCUGCGGAUCAUGCUGAUAACCCACAUGCAGGAUCUACAGGAAGUGACCCAGGACCUUCACUACGAGAACUUCCGCUCGGAGCGCCUCAAACGGGGCGGCAGGUUGUCCUCCCAUGGUUACGUUCUGCCUCUGUCUCCUGCAAAGGGGCCGGAGCCGGAGGAAAUGGACAAGGAUAUGAUCCUGCUGGAGAAGGAGGCUGAGUUGAGACGAAUGCAGGAGAUGAUUGCCAAGAUGCAGGCCCAGAUGCAGAAGCAGGGAGACGGAGAGGGAGACGGCCCCCAUGUGGGAAAAGUCUAAGGUAUAGGAGCCGCUGCUCGAGGCUGACUAGAGAGGGACGGCUGAUAGCAGAGAACGUGUAAAGGCCGUCGGGUUAUUGACUCGUUCUGCUUGCCACUAUUUUUAUUCCAAUCCUACAUGGGAUCUGGAGUCUAUUUUUUUUUUUAUAUACAUACAGUAAAGUAUAUUCCAACAGUGUUAUGUUUAUAUAUUUUCACACGGUUCAAUUUUUCUCAUUUUGUUUCAUUUUAUUAAACUUUUGCCAGUUACUCAAAUGAAGUCACGUUACCCACCUUUAAAAAAUGGUGGCAUUUAUAUCUUUGAUACAAACUUUUACUUUUCCAUUUUUUUGUUCUCUUUCCUUU